AGUGUGGUUGUUGUUAGUUUUCACCUUGUGAGUCUGUGUGUGUACAGAUGUGGUUUGACAGGUGUUUAUGUGUCCGUGAACAGAUUUUGCCAACGUGAUGACAUCACAACUGCCGAAGAUACAGACUUCUUCACCAUAGGACCAGUUUGAGAAGGUCCAGGACGGAGUGCAACUGUCUCCGACGUGGGCCACUCCUGCUGAGAUCCAAGCUCUGCAAGGGGGUUUCGUGGAGGAUCGGAUCCCAUCAGAGGCCUAGCUCAAGAGAUCAAGGGACGCUUAUAAAACAGGAUCUCAUUUGAUAAUUUCUCAAGGAUUCACCACCCACUCAUCUCAGCCGGGUGAGGAAAUAUCAACCAACAAAGAGGAUGGGCAAACACUGCCACUAGUUUCAGAUUCAAUGAGGAAAUCACAGAAUGGAUGAGGGGAAUUCAGAGGAUGAGAAGGAGUGGUAAGAGAAGGUGGAGGAGGCAUCAGGGAGGAUAGCUGUCCCCCUCAGGUUGCACUCAGACAGAGGGCGUGUAAGGUUGUUGCCUCUUGUUCCUUUUUCAUGACUAUUGGCUGUGAAAACACAUGUAAACACAGCAACAGACUGCAAAGCACAAUGCCCUGAUCUGAAUAUGGAAGUGCACACGGAGAUUGCAGUUGCGUGCAGGACGUUGGAUUUGGACACUAACAAGUGCAUGGAGGCAGAGUACGCAGACACAAGCUUCCCACUGGAUACAGAAGAAGCUGCCGACUCACUAAAAAGUCUCCGUUCUUUGGACAUGGAGCACUUCGAUGUCUCGGGAGGGGCAGAUGCUGCACCUUUUGAGGCCUGCGCAGCAACGGACACAGGCAGCAUCACAGACGCCCGUCUGGAGGGCCACCUCAGUGUCUGUUGGCUCGCUGACAGGGCAACACACGCAACAGACGACAUGGAGUGUUUGAAGGGAGACGCACAAUGCAGCACAGACGCUGGAUUUAUAGAUGUGGCCGAUUUAUUUUCACCUUGUUCUCCAACAGACUCGCCCACUAACCCACAUAACUCAUUUUACUCAAUAAUGGAUCAUAGCAUGGCAUCAGACGGUAUAGACGAUUUAGAACAUGUGUUAAAGGCGGCUUAUAGCACGAGAAGGUGCAGCACUGACGGCAUAACAGAUUUCCGUGAGAGAAAAGAGGAUGAGGGGGGAGUGGAUUCGCACUGGGGUGCCAAGAUGUAUGAAGUAGAUCAGGACCCAUUGGAUUUUGGAGUUCUACCAGAUGAUUUAUCUGAAUUCAUGAACGAUGAUUACCUAGAAUAUCUACUGGGCACUGAUGUUUUCUUUGGUGAUACGCUGUUGAAUUGUGAGGAAUUCGGUAACUUCGGUGAUGUUGGUGUGACAACAGAGCAGCCCUGCCCAGGCAGCCAGGACAAACUAACUACAAAAAACAACUGGAGAAAAAGAAAGAGAGUUUCCUGGUCACAGCAGUGCACUGAUGAGAAAACACCAUUCAGACCAAAAAGACAAAGAGAAGCAGGUACAAUGCAACCAGAAGAGGCACGGAAUGAGGCAGCAGUCAACCAGGGCACUGAUGCAGAAUCAGAGCCAAAUCCUGAAAAGACAGGAGUGGGCCUUACCACCACCCCACCAAGAAUCCUUCACCUCCAUCCCUCCAUUCAGUUCAUCACCAUCCCAGAUGCUCCAGGUUAUCAGGUCAUUCAGACUGUGAGGCUCUCUCCUCCGGUUAUUAGACUUCCACUCCCCAAUACAGCCGCCACACCCACAUACAUAUUUGUUCCUUCUGCCUCACCGCCCUGCAAACACCAAGUGCAGCCACUCUCCCCGGUGGACGAUGCUGUAGCGCCAGUCCAAAUGAGUUCAUCGCCACCUGGAUCUCUGUCAGACACUGCCAGCAAAGCAAUGUCUCCCAUUUGCACCUCGCCAAUCUCCAUCAGAAAUAAGAUGUCCCCAUGUAAACAAUCACCUCCUCCUCCCACUGUCCUUGAUGUCCCGCAGGUUGUAAAGGACUACAUUCUGGAAGUCAAAUCCCACAUGAGUCAAACGUGCCUGGAAAUGGAGGAAGGCCUUAGCCUGACCUCUCAUUACGUGGAUAUGCAAGUGAGCCAGAGGGAAACUCUUCGCUCUGGAAAAAACACAAACAAAGGCCUGGACAAGGAGCUAAUCAUCAUGGGAGACACAGAUCGACAAAAAAGCUUGUUGGGGCAUAGACAGAUCUUCGGAGACUCAAAUGGAGGUAACUCCAAACGCUACAUAUUGCUACUUGGCAAUGCGGGCAUGGGAAAAACCACUCUGAUGAGGAAGCUGUGUCUUGACUGGACCAGAGCCUGCAUCCCACAGUUUGACUUUGUCUUCUUACUAGAUGGCAAAACGCUCACUUUAACGAAGCCCAUGUACAGCCUUCAGACACUACUUUUGAACCUCUCCUCGUUUGUCCCACACUGCAUGGACCCUGAUGCAGUGUAUGCUCAGAUCCUUGCAGCCUCCAAGCGUGUGCUCAUCAUCUUUGAUGGGUUUGUCGAGUUGCGCGACUAUGAAGUUCUGCUCCAGACUCAAGAAAAAGACUUGAGUACAUCGUUGCAGAAAGACAAUAAAGCUGAGAGCUACACUGUAAGACAGCUAUACUCUGCCAUCCUUCAGAGGGUCCUUCUUCCGGGAUGCACUCUUCUGCUUACUACACGGCCAAGAGGCUCCGCCAGCCAGCUUCUGCGGCGGGCAGACAGCUUUCUGGAGGUGUGUGGCUUUACUCCCGCUGAUGUAGAGGCAUACAUGUCCCUGUACUUCCCUGAUCCAGACCACAGAGUAUCGGCUUUGGACUGCUUAAAGAACUGCAGCUAUUUACAUCUUCUCUGCUGGAACCCUGGACUAUGUCGGUUGGUGUGUUUGGUGUUGGAGCAUUCCAAAACUUCGGACGUCUUACCGAGAACUUUAACCGGGCUCUGCCAUCGAGUUCUUUGUUCAAAAAUGGAAAAAGGCAGUUGGGGCACGCACCCACAGGCUGAAGUUCAAACACAAAUUUCCCUGCAUUCCAAACAAGAAGCUCAGAAACAAAGCAUGAGCAAUAAUCAACUGAAAAUGUGUCUCAAAGAAACUCCAGUUCGUAAGUCUAGAGCAAAGGUUUUUACUUGCUCUCGCAUUCGAAGAGCUAGGGGGGCAAAAAAGAAGGAGACAGAGGAAAAUGAAGUGGCUGAAGAGGAGAUGAAGAGUGUUGGACGGGAGGUACAUAGAACAGAGGAGAAAGAGUUGCUGUCCCAGCUGAGCUCUUUGGCCUGGGAGGGGGUCAAAGCCAACUCGUCCGUCCUCACCAGAGGGCCGACCUUUACAGCCAAACUUAAGGCAUUUGGCCUCCAGACGGGGCUCUUCCUCUCUCACCCCAUGAGGAGGAGGCAGGUUGUUUCAAGUGCUGAGACGGAGGGAGGAGGACGAGAGGAACGAGAUGAAAUCAAAGGAGGAGUAGAGAAACAAGACCAGAAGGAAAACAGGGGAAGGACAGACGAUGAGAGCUUUGAUGCCAGUGAUGACCACAUCAUGUUGUGGGCCAACCCCUUCCUUCAGAGUUACCUGGCAGGGGUCCAUCUUUCUUCAUCCAGGGCUGUAUCCGACCGUACCUUCCACCAGGCCCUACCUUUCCAGUCGGGUCCAAAGGCUCGUCGGCGACCUCAAAGAGAGGAGCUCGAUCUCACUCAGCGAUUUGCAGUCGGCCUCCUGUUUCACAACAAGACAGAGCUUCAGAGGCUUCACACAUACACAGAGACAUCCUUCUGCAAAAUGCUGGUCAGCAAGCAGGCUCUAGUGACGAAACACGUCGAAGCUCUUUCUCAGGGUGACCUCAGUCCCGCCCAGGUCCUAGAGGCUUGUCACUAUGUUUACGAAGCAAGUUUCACAUGCGCUGAUGGGAACAGAGGCCGUGGCAGCACACGGUUGGUUGCUCACCUGGCAGCGAAUCUUCCAGAAGUCCUGUCAUUUCAUGGCGUUCCACUCAACCCGCCGGAUGUGUUCACUGUGCAGAAAGUACUAGAGAGGGGUGGAAAUGAAGGUCGAAGCUUUUGCUUGGAUCUGGAAGAUUCUGGAAUUCGGGUUUCUGGACUGAAGGCACUAGUGGGGCUCAACAACAUCAACACAUACAGAGCGUGCAUUGCUGAUGUCAUCACCCUAUGGGAGCAGCUAGAGCAGAGUGGUGAGGAGGGGCUCCUACGGGGGGCCGUGUCCAAGUUCAAGAUCCAUCCUCUGAAGGUCACACAGGUGUGUCAUGCAGAGCACCUGGCAAAGCUGGUGAACAUACAUAUGCACAAGAGGCUAUCAGACAGUAGUUGCACCCAAUCAGAUUCCAUCUGGGCAGAGGGAGUGCCCGCUGUCAAGGAACUUCACAAACUCGAGUUUGAGCUUGGCCCAGAGAAAGGGGCCUUGUAUCUUCCCAAGCUGUGGGAGCUCCUGCCAGGUCUGCAUAACCUACAGCACUUAGAUCUGGAGAACAGUAAGAUCAGAGACACAGGAUCAGAGAAAUUAGCUGACGCUUUAGCCUCACUCUGUUCCCUGGAGAUUCUGAAUCUGUCACAGAAUUGUAUAGGAGACCAUGGGGUGAAGAAACUGGCCACCAAGCUGAGGUAUCUGCCCAAACUGCACUGUUUAAGUCUCUACAGUAAUGUCAUUUCGGAUGAAGGGGCAGAGAGUUUAGCAGCUGUCCUCCCACACAUGGUGUCUCUCACUGACUUGGAUGUGAAGUAUAACAAGCUGACAGAUGUCGGAGCACAGAGCCUCGGAGCCAGUCUGAGAAACUGUCAAAAAAUAAAGACUUUACGGAUGUGGAACCAGUGUAUCCCGUACGGAGUGUUUGAGCGUCUUCAGCUGCAAGACAGUCGCAUCCUUUGGCAUUAAAACAACGGGAAACCUCAUUACUACACUGGAAAGUUUUUGUCAUGCAUCUAGCCUCGGCAUUUUCUCCAGCAUGGAUAUUUAUGAGACAAAAGCAGGGGAGAGUCUUCCGGAAAAUCCAUUCAGUGGUAGAAGGAAAUCAUGAAUCCGUCAGUGCCACAUAGUCCUGCAGGUAUUGGAAGAAUGUGCAGUCCUGCUGGCACAGAUUCAAGAAGCACAUUUGCACUAUGAUAUUGUCGAAUUGUUUUAUAUCACUAAUUAUAUUUUUUAUUUGUCUGAUGUCAUUGCCUAAAGGCCUGAAUUUUGUGUUUUUUUCUGCAACUCUUAGUAGUUGAUUAAGUUACUUUAUUUGCUUUAAGCUAUAUACUGUAGUUCAGGGCAGACUUCCCCAGAUGUUGACAUCAUGGUAAAUUAGAGGGAAAAAUAUCUGUUCUGGCAAAAAAAAAUACUUGGUAGUUACUUUUUUAGUAAUUACUUGACUUUCCUUAUGGUGACCUCUGGUAGCUGAUGAGAUUUAAGGACAGAGGAGAAAAGUUCAUUUCGUUCAUGUGUAAAUAGACCAGGCCAUUCUUCAAUUUCUACAAAUAUUAAAGGAAAAUAUUCAA